CUCUGUCAAACAAUGCGAUCAGUCUCUUGUCAAGAGUCAAGUCAAUGCUCAUACACAUGCAUAAAUAAGCCUUGGCUACAGUCAGCAGCCACACAGGGUCAUGGAUUACUUUUCACUGUGCGUCUUUCUCCUGUUGGUGUUGCCAGCUCUCAAUAAUGCUCAAAUAGCGGUUCCCACUUCCAGCCUAACAGGCUGUGCAGGUCCACCAGUGCUGUGCUGCUCUGGUAAAAACAACACUUGUUCAAGGUUGAUUCAGUGUUUCUGUGACGAGUUUUGCAUCACAACCAACGACUGCUGUGCUGACUACAGGUCAACCUGCACAUCUUUGACCACCGCACUGCCAAGCAUAUCCAGCACAUUAAACAGCAGUACUACAUCUACAAUGGCAACUUUGCCUUCCACGGUCUCUUCACUAACAGCACCCAAUACAAAAAGCAGCAGUACAACAUCUAGACCAGCAGAUAACAGCACAACUUUAUUAGUCUCUGGAACAACAGCACCAAGCAAAACAAACAGCAAUACUACCCCUACAUUAGCAGAUGUCACAACAACUUCAGCAUCCACGGUCUCUAAUACUACAACACCCAAUAUAAAAGGCACCUCUACGACAUCCACACUGCUGGAUGCGAACACAACUCCGGCAUCCACAGUCUCUGUUACUACAGUAACCAUCCCAACAGGCAGCAGUACAUCUUCACCAGCAGAUAACAGCACAAUUUCAUUAGUCCCCAUUCCGACAGCACACAGCACACAAAGCGGCAAUACACCAUCUGCACUAGCAAAUAUGAGCACAACAUCCCUAUUAGCAGUCUCUACUACUGCAGCACACAGCACAACCAACAGCAAUACAACCUUGAUGCUGAAUAUCAGCACAACUACCGUAUCCACACUCUCUGAUACAACAAACAGUAGUAUACCUACACCAAGAGAUGCUUCAUCUGCAAUCUCUGCUACUAUAGCACCCAGUACAACAAACAGCAGUACUACCUCAGAUUUAGAAUACCCUGUGUCUCUUACUACAGCACCCAGUACAACAAACAGCAGUACUACCUCUACAGCAGCAGAUAUUAGCUCAGAUUCAGAAUACCCUGUCUCUCUUACUACAGCACCCAGCACAAAAAGCAGCAGUACACCUACACAGACAGAUAUCACCACAUCGUCACCUUCCACCAUCUCUUCAACAACAGCACCCAAAUCAAAAAGCAGCAGUACUAUAUCUGCACUAAUGGAGGUGAGCACAACCUCAAAGUACGUAGUGUCUUCUACUGCAGCAACCAGUCAAAAAAGCAGCAGUGCUACAUCUACGCCAGCAGAUGGCCACUCAACCACAGUCUCUAAAGCUACAGCAGGAACAACAGUGACAGAAACCAGGAUGACUCUGGGUGCUCGUAGUGUCACAUCUUCACCAGCAGAUGGAAGCAAAGUUGGAGUUUCUAACAAAAACACAGCUUCCCAGACCACACCCAGCUCAAAUGAAGGUAUGGUCAGUUACAUGGACUUUAGCACUUCAAUGAUGCAGUUACCAAUCUGCAUGAUAAAUGACUUUUUUUUUUUAGAUUACCAAACCCUGACUAUUCACCUAAAAGCUUCUGCUUUAGCCCAUGAGGAAAAUGAAGAUGUGAUUUCAAAGGCUGUAUCUAAUGCAAGUACAACAACCUUUAUGUUGCAGUAUCAAAAAAAAAAAAAAAGAAAAAAAAAACACUUACAUUAUACACACAUUUAUUGCUAAUCAAUGAGUGUCUUCUUUCAUACAGUUUCUGUCCCAGGCCUUUCUCCAGCAAUACUGUAAAGGCUGCACUUUAACCAUCAGACACAUCAAAUCCACCUGAGAAAUGGCCUAUGCUUCAGCCAGACAACCAGCAGUGGGAUCUUGGGGAUUAAGGGAUUUAAGAUUCCUUCACUGUCAAUCGUUCAGAAAGUUUUUAACGGGAGGUGAUUUAUAUACAGAGGUCUCCUUUCCAAAAAAAAAAAUGAACCCGAUGAUUAAAUCUAGCGAAAAAAAAAAAAAAAAAAAAAGACUAAAAAGCAGUUUCACACUAAAAAUCAGUGUCUGAGUCAAUGUUCGGUGGGCACAGGACAUCAAGUGGAGCCGAGAGCUGAACUGCCGCAACAUUUUCUCAGCGUUUUUCUGAUAACUUAAGAUCAAGACGCCCAAUGACUUAAGUCCUUCAUCCGGCUAAAAUAUAGUUAAAAAUGACCAAGAUCUUAAAAAAAAAAAAAAAAAAAAGGUAUUGUAAAAAUGUAUCUUAAUACUGGAUUUAAAAAGUCAAAUUUGACUGCUUCUGGCAGACAACCACAAUGCUGAUGCAAGCAUGAAGGAGAUAUGACACCAACAGGCGACCAAAUGAAGCAAAUCAUUACCUUGAUUAAAAUUACUAGGUAUGAAAAUUGAUGGAAACCUUUGGGGUAAUGUAGGUACACAACUCAACAAAAAUCCACUAGUAAGUCUAGUUGUUUUUAGACCUUUAAUGUAGAAAAGAUACAUAUGAUACCUUUAAAUCUAGAUAAACCAUUAGAGAACCACAUUCAUCAUCACUAUCUGUUGUGCAGCCAAAAACAUGAUAAAAGGUGGUGCUGUCUGGUUGGAUGGUGUCUACAAAUGGUGAAUACAACACUUCAAUUAAAAAUGGUAGAUUAGGGAAGAACUUGUGUGGUGCAGAACAAAAGUGUGUUCUUUUGCAGCUCAUCUCCACAGUCCCACAGGAGUUCAUUCUACAGAGAGUCUGUCUUAUCAUAUUGUGUCCAAAAAUAAUGUAAUUUUAAUGCCAGUUGAUGGGCAGGUGUCCUGCUUAAUCCUCACUGUGUUAAAUAAUUUGAUGUGAUUAAAUGUGUGUCACCUUUAAUCUAUUCACUGGAACUACUACAGCAUUCCUUAAAUGUCUGCAGGCUGUAGGCAUAACCCAUUGGUGACUCGCUAAGGAAAUAAAACAUUGUUGGGAUCUCUUGUAAUGGAGAAGGUAUUCAAUUUAUUUUGUAACUGGGAUCAUGUACGUCAGAAGUGUGCCACCGUUAACCAUACAAAGUCAUGCAUUUUACUCUGUGGUGGUCCUAGUGGGUUUACUUCUCUACAGUGGUGAGUUAAAUAUUGUAUUCAAAUGUGUUAUGUAAAGGCUAUGCACGCUUUAACAACUCUUGACAAAGCACAUGAUGAUGACGACGAUGACAACAGAGGGUUUAGUGCAAAAACAAUGUCAAUGACAAUGUCUGAAAUGUUUUCAUGAAAAUUGCUGCGCUCCAUCUGGGGAUGAUCCAGAAGAACCAUCACAUGUACAACAAAGUAAAAACAAAGCAAAAGGCUGUAUUAUCCUUGUAUUAUUUUCUUGUUAUCGGUAACAUACAAACUUUUAAAAAUGUUACCUUUUCUGUUUACUGGAUUGACCCAUUUUUUGUGAGCUUGUUUAGUGCGUGUCCCUGAGUCUGUAAUUAAAAAUCAUAUCCACUGCCA